GCAGGCUGAUCCACUCCCGGCUCCCGCGCCACAUGAUCGGCGAGCGAUGCGCGCGGGCGGCGGCGCGAGCCCACGACCCGCUCCCUCCUCUGCCACCGUCGCCAUGCCCCCGCCCCGACUUGCUCACCUCCGCCUCCUCCUCCUACCGCUCCGCUCAGCUCCUCCCCACCCGCUCUCCCCCAACCCCAGCGGACCCAUCCCCCUCCUCCUCCGCCCGCCCCUCAGCCCCUCCCUCCUCCUCCUCCCCCGCGCCAUGGCCGGUGCCGCGCAUGCAGGUGAGCCAGCCGAACCCGUUCGGUUAAGCCUCUGUUGCGCCUUGUGUUAUGAUUCGGUGGUGCGGGUCGGGUGCAAGUGUGGCCACGGGGUCGGCGGAGUACGAGGAGGUGCUCGGGUGUCUCGCGUCGCUGAUCACGCAGAAGGUGCGCGCGGACACCGGCAACCGCGGCAACCGGUGGGGGCUCAUGGCCAAGUACGUGCAGCUGGAGGAGCCGAUCGAGCAGUUGAAGGUGGUGCACGUUGCCGGGACCAAAGGGAAGGUGGAUGUAGCUGUGCUCGAGGUUGGUUUGGGAGGGAAUUAUGAUGCAACAAAUGUGGUCAGAGCACCUGUAGUUUGUGGAAUAUCACCCCUUGGAUAUGAUCAUAUGGAAAUUCUUGGAAAUACACUUGGAGAAAUUGCUGGAGAGAAAGCUGGAAUACUUAAGAAAGGAGUUCUGGCCUAUACAGUUCCACAGCCAGAAGAGACAAUGUCUGUACUGAUGCAUCGAGCGUCUGAAUUGGGUUCCUCUCUGAGUAGUCCAGCCUUUGGACCCUCAGAAAUUAGAAGAUCAACCUCUUGGACUGCAUGGUGAGCACCAAUACAUGAAUGCUGGCCUUGCAGUUGCGCUGGCUAAUACCUGGCUUGAGAGGCAAGGACAUUUGGACUGAAUACAUGCCAAACAUUCUGGUACCUUGCCAGAUCAAUUCAUCGAAGGGCUGUCAAGUGCUUGUUUGCAAGGCCGAGCACAGAUUGUUCCAGAUCCACAAGUGAACUCAGAAUAUGAUAAGCACAGCAAGUCUUCAUUGGUUUUCUAUUUAGAUGGGGCA